GCGCGGGGUCCGUGCAGCAGCGGGUGCCCGGGGGGGCAGAGCCGGGGGACACCCCCUGCCAUCCCCUGGUCCGCGGGGGAGCGGUGCUGCCCCUGCCCCGCUGCAGGGGGGACCGGCCUGACGGAGCCCUCCACCCUGAUGGGCUUUUUUUUAAUUCUGUGUAUUCCUUUUUUUUCCCUCGGGUGGGAUGUGCGGUGAGAGAGGAAAGCCAGUGCCACUCCGUUACAGGGGAAGAAGCAGAUCAGCUCUCUUAGGCUGCAAACUGCUCUCCAUGGCUUAAGUGGACAUCAAAGCACAUUUCUCUGCUGGAAUGUACAUCCCUGGAUGAUCUGAUCCUUUGUGAACUAACUUCCAAGAAAAAAAAAACAAACCCGCACACCUACUUCUUUCUGCAAUCUGCUUGCUUUAAUUUAUGGUUUGCUCCCACACAGAAAGCCUCAGUUUUAAUGCUGAUACUGCUCCCCUCUAAAUCUUCUGGUACUCAGAGGGGCAAUGGUCUGUCUUCACUGGGUCUUCGGUGGGAGAGGUUAAUAGGAGAGGUGGAAGAGACUUGGAAGCACUGUAAGAAGGUGAAAGGAAAUACCCAGCUUUGCCUUUUUUAAGCCCAUUCGGUGGAAAGUAAGCUUCUUCCCUUAUGGUGGAGGUGGUGGAGUCGGUAUGUUCUGCCUGAGCCAGGGGUAGUAACUGGCAGGCUCCUGCAGCACCCUUUGCCUUUACGCCUUACUUGGACCCUGUAUCACACUUGGUCAGUAGCGACGGCAGAACCUGAGCAGGAAAGAUGGUCGUCGUGAGGAGGAGGAACGUGAAAGUGUUUACCUUUGCCUUUUUGCUCAUCACAGUAACGUCGUUUCUGCUGAACUACACACACCAAGUGACCGUGACCAGCUGGGAUCUGAGACAUGUCAUCAUGCAGGUUUCAGACCAAGUCCAAAAACUCUUCAAACACCCCAGGAGACCUUGCAGCUGUCACACCUGCAUUUCUGAGCUGGGACAGUCCCUCUGGUUCAAUCAGAGAUUUAAUUCAACUAUGCAACCUUUUCUGACCUCACAAAAUGCCUUCAUCCCAGAAGACAGCUACAGCUGGUGGCUGAAAUUGCAAAGAGAGAAAACUCCGAAGAAUAUUAAUGCUACUCUCAAGGAACUGUUUGAGAUCAUUCCUGGGGAUCGGGAUCCACUGCAGGAGCGAGGCACUUACACAUGCAGACGCUGUGCCGUCGUGGGCAACUCUGGGAAUCUUCUGCAGUCUCAGUAUGGACAAGACAUUGACUCCCAUGACUUUGUGCUCAGAAUGAACCGUGCCCCUACCACUGGCUACGAAUCAGAUGUUGGGAGCAAGACCACUCACCAGUUUGUUUACCCUGAGAGCUACAAAGAGCUGGCAGAAAACGUGAGCAUGAUCCUGAUCCCCUUCAAAACCCUGGACCUGCGCUGGGUCGUCACUGCUCUCACCACAGGCACCAUCAACUUCACAUAUGUUCCAGUUCCACGGAAGAUCAAAGUCAAAAAAGAAAAGGUCCUUGUUUAUAAUCCAGCUUUUAUGAAAUAUGUCUAUGAAAACUGGCUCCAGAAUCACGGGAGAUACCCCUCGACAGGCUUCCUGUCCUUGAUAUUUGCACUCCACGUAUGCGAUGAGGUGAAUGUGUAUGGUUUUGGAGCAAACAGCAAAGGCCAUUGGCACCACUACUGGGAAAACAACGCUUCAGCUGGGGCUUUCCGGAAGACAGGUGUCCAUGACGGGGAUUUUGAGUACAAUGUGACUUUGACUCUUGCCUCCCUUGAAAAAAUAAAUUUUUUCAAGGGCAGAUGACCCUGGCCAUGGGGAGAAGUGAGGGCUGCAAUUUCCAACAUGCAGCAGAAGAAAGCUCAGUGAAGAUGAUCUGGGCACCAGCCAGGUUUGAAUGCGGGAAUCGGCGGCGGGUUUGGAGCCUCUCCCUGCUGCAGUGCUGAGCGCAGGGAGCUCGGCCGAGGCCCAACUUCCAUGCAGCACCUGGUUUCCUGUCUACAGACAUCUGGGAACUACCAGUCACUCGUGGGAAUUAAUGAAGCUCUGCUUAGGCUCCACAGCUUGAAUCUUGAGUUACUGAUGAAAGAUCUGCCUAUUAAGGAAAAACUCUGGGCACAGGAACUGCUGUUUGUGUGUCCGUUCUCUCCUCGAGUAAGGCAGGAGAUCCUUGAAGAAGAGUGAAAAUGACUUCUGAGACUUGAGACACACUAGGGCAGCUGUGAACAUCAUAGAAAGGAUUACCUCAAAGAAAUUAAUUUCAUUUCUGCUGUUGAUCUUCUUUUUGAACUGUCUUUUCUGUUUCCUGUGUUACUCCUGGUUUCAUGCUGUAUUAAGCAAAAAAUAUGAUGAAGUUGCCUGAAGGAGUAAAGUUUUCAGCCAUUGCCUCAUUCUGUAUUGAUAACAUCUAGAAAAUAUGGAUCAAAUAAUCUCUGAUCAUCUAUUAUUUAAUAUUGCUUUCUACACAGCCAUAAUGAGAGAGGAAACAACACUGAAAACUCCAGCAAAAAAAGAAAAAGGAAAAAAAAAAGGCCUUUUUAGCCACUUGUAUGUUUGUCUUGUUUGGUUUUAUAUAUAAUGUUUCUUUUUUCUUUUUUUUUUUGUGGAAAAUAUUCUGGAAUGCUCAUUUUUAUUUAAUCAGUUUAAGGUUGGAAAGUGGACUUUUUUCUUUCAGUCUUUUUAUAUGUGCCUUUUAUAAUUGUGCAACAUAUGUGAUUUAUUUCUUUUUUUAAAGAUGACAAAUCCUAAAUUGAGCUUUUUUUAUGAAAAGGGGGAAAAUUAACCAAAGUCUAGCCUCCAUGUGGUAUACUUUUGUAGUCGGGAACAAUAAGAACAACUCCUAUAUUGUAUUUAAGCAAACACAAACAGCUUUUUAAAGGUAGCUUUUACCUUUUUUAUGGGAAAAUAUCCAGAAAUUCCAAGGAAAUUUUUCCUCUUAUUUUUCUACAAAUCUCUUCGCAAUGUGUCUAUUUGAAAUGGAGGAAAUAUAAUGAGUUGGAAUAUCAGCUGGUAAUACAAGAGGAAUCUUUUGCCCUGUAGCAGCAUCUCCAAGGACACAAUCUAUGUGAGCUGAUCCUGUCCUGUAAGCCAGACUUCAAAAUUACGUGCAUCCCUGGAGGAAUGAGUGUAUUAAUGUCAGUACCUCUAGGCAGUGAGAAGAGUUUCUAUCUGUCACCGUUUGACUCAGGUCCAACAACAAUGCUCUUGAUCCCCUCCCCCUCCCACCCAGGUAGGGAAGGAGAGAGAGAAAAAGAGAGAGACUUGGCUGGAUUGAAAACUAAACUACACAGCUUUAAUUAAACACCAAUGAUAUAAGAAAAUAUAUACAAUUAUAUACAGAUUUGUUCAGGUAUGUGCAAGAGCCUCUCGCCUCUCCCCACCCCCAGCAACUCCCACCACACUCCCCUGAGCUGGAACAAUCCCGAGAAAUCCCAGAGCUGCUGCUGGAGAAAGCGGAGAGUGAUGAGGGUCAGGAGAGCUCAAGCCUAAGGGUUGAUGGUGCUGGAUGGACGGAGUCCUCCCUGGACACUGGCCAUGGACGGAAGAGAAGGGAAGAAGAAGGAAGUUGUCUUCUGUGAAUUCUGACCUUCCUCUGACCUUACGUAGACAUAUGGAAUGGAAUAUCUCUGUCCAGUUUUGCUGUCUAUCCAACUCAGCCUCCUAUGGGGAUGUCAAAGAUCUUCUCAUAGUGUCUGAGCCGGCAGAGUGAAGGUGCGACCUUGAGGCCCCAGCAGUUAGAAAAACAUUCCACUGUCUUAUCAGCUUUAGAAGAACACACUGUUGCUAGUUAAAAGAAAGCUUACUGAAGGAAAAAAAAAUCAGUAAAAAGGAAAAUUGGCUUCAUCCUGGCUCAAACCAGGACAAAAUCCACAGAUUUUUUUCCUGCAAUCAACACGUUUAAUCCUUGAGGGCAGAUAAAAGUAUGAAUCCAAGAACAAAGUUAUGGUGGUGAAGAACCAAGGAACAGUGGUGGUUUUUUUAGUUCCCUCUAUCAUGAGAAUAGGCUUCAUGGACUAAUGACCCAUUUUCAGCUCUGGUGAAGCAAAUGGAGUUCCUACCACAGACUUCAAAGGACUUUAGAUCAGGCUUGGAAAAAAUGGCUUAUUUCGUGUGUAGUGAAUUACAAUGGUUGGGGUUUGUGACAAUUUAAAUCGUCUAAAUAACUCAUCUUUCAUGCACCAGUUGUGGCAGGAUGUCCAAGCAGAUGAGUAUGUGAGCUCAGUGAAAGCCUAGCCCUACAACCAGUGAUGUGCUUCAGUCCAGGAUUUGUCCCCUUGUCUUUCCAUGCCAACUGUUAAGUGAGCUGGCCUCCCAGGGCAGCAAUUCACAUCACAAUGGCAUGGUCUGCUGGAAUAUACUUUGGGCCACAGCACCACUUGCCAACAUGACCUCCUGUACCUGCAUGAGUGUCACUGAACUCACAGUGUAUAAAGGAAGGAGAAUUCCGGAUGCCUGUGUGGGGAACUGAGCUCCCUUUGCUGUACACACACGACCCUGAGUUUAGCAAUAUGGAAAGGGCAGGAUUUUCACAUCCUCAUGCUGAGACCUGUUGAUGAUCGUCAUGUGAAGAAGCCCUCUCCUAGCAUGGUGGCCAGCAGAACUCACCUGCAUGUCACAGGUGCAGCAAAUUCAAUGGGCUUACUGCCUUCUACAUGUCCUUUGUAAAAGUAUAAAACAUUUCUACCUUCACUGUAUUUGUUUGAUUUUCUUAAGCAUUCCCACUGUUUAAAUUGUUGUUAAAUAAUAUACCUCUGAUGAGAUGUCACAGUAAUACAAGCAAAGCAACUUUUAAGAGGAAAAAGACCUCCAUGGAACACUCCAGUGGUAUCUUCACCCUGUGGCUGGAUUUUAGAGACACUUUUUUUUGGUAAUGAACUUCAAAUAUUUUACAGUUUUUUCUUCCAUGGACAGAUGUCAGCAAUUCAGAAACACUUCCUAGCUGUUUCAGUCAUUUUUAGAAAGACUUGUAAAAAAAAUUCGUGGUGGUUUGAUACUCAAUUUCCAUAGAUUUUUUUUCAUCACAGGUGGCAGUUGGAGAUCAAAGAAAGUGAUUAAAAAAACCCAUCCAUUUUCUAGUCCAUGUUGUUCUGGAAGUUUCUUUUUGCUGUCCAAAUUUAAUUUCCAGUUGUUCCCUGAAUAUUCUGCCUGUAACAGCAGAUAUGAAACAUCGUGGCUCAUACUACCAUGGAUAGAUUUAGUGUCUUCAUCAUGGAAUAAGCUGCAAUUCCCAUUGAAUUUUCUUGCUGACAGCAAGCAGUAACUCUGCCACUGAUGUUCAUAUUUCAGAGCAUGGGGAGAGCAGAGAGUGGACCUUUCAAGCUGUAGGAUGAGCGAUAGUCUGUGCCAUCACAUUUCUAUUCCAGAGGAACUUUUUCUCAAGUCCUUAAGGCAGCUGACUGUUGUGUUAGAUCCUUGUCUCAGUUUCUCUACAAUUUUGCUGCUCUUUGAAAUGCCUUCAUAAUAAGGAGACACCAACAGAUGAUGCUGAGGGCAGAAUGAAUUCCUACUGCCGAUGUUGAAGACUGUGUUCCUGCUAGAAGAUUUCUGGGUUUAUUUUGUUUACAACAACAACAAAGUAAAAUAUUUAGCUACAUGUCAUGACUUCAUAACUCUUGGACUUUUUUUGCCCCCACUGCAAAGUCUCUGAAGCACUCCUUAAGUCUGUGUUACGUUUUUUACCAAAGCCAAAUCUCUUGAGCACUUUUUUUCUCCCACAAUCAGAUUUUCUUCCUAUUUUUCUUUGUCUACAUGAUCGAUUAUGAUAUUUUUUUUCCCUGAUGGUGGGGAGUCUCAAUCAUUCUUUGACAUUUUAUUUAUUUAAUUUUUCUGUAUGAUAUGAAUAAAAAUAAUUUUUUAUUGUA